AUGGCGGCGCCCAGACAGACGUUCAGCCGCAUCGCGCCCCGCGAAGAGGCGGGAGGCUCUGCCGACCUGUCGGCCACUACGCGGACGCCUGUGCCCGCAGUGCCGCCCGGGUCCCCCGAAAGUCUCGUGUCGCCCGUGCAGGUCGCCGAGCCGCCGGGGAAGAACCUGUGGGAGCAGAUCUGCGAGGAAUAUGAAGCUGAGAUACCCACCUUUCCAGAAGGAUAUAAAGUGAAACAGGAAGCUGCUGUUACGGUCACACCAUUGGAGGAACUGGUUCCUCAUGGCUUCAACAUGGAGCACUACCUCCCAAUGCAACAGUUCCCGGUGAUGCCACCUGUGCCCUGUCCUCCCAGGAAGACAGAGACAGUUGAGCCCAAGACCUGUUCUCCCAAAGAUUAUCUGGAAAUGUUUGUCUUUCCGGUUCUGCUCCCUGGAAUGGCCAACCUGCUUCACCAAGCAAAAAUAGAAAAGUGUUUUGAGAGGAAGAGAACCAAAUUUAUUGCCUGCGAUUUCUUGACCGAGUGGCUGUACAACCAGAAUCCAAAGAGGGCAGGGGAGCCGUUCACGAAAUUCUUCUCCAUUCCGUUUGUAGAGGAGUGGCUCAAGGCUCACCCGAGGCCACCGAUCCCCCUCUCCCUGCUAUUGACAGAAGAGGCAGCCGCAGUCAGCAUCCAGGCUUUCUGGAGAGCCUAUCUGGUCCGCUGUGACCCUGAGAUUCAGGAGCUGCGCCAGUGGCAGAAGAAGCUGCGCGAGGACAAGCACAUCCGCCAGCGGGUGAAGAUCUUCUGGGCCAAACAAGAGCAGAAAAUGAAAUGUAAAAUGGAGGAUGAGGAAGUGCUUGGUGCCUCAGUACCACCUCCUUAACUGACGUCAGUCACUCCUUGUGGAAGGAUAACGUCCAAACUACACUUUCCCUAUAAAGAUUUUAUUUUUUUUAAACAAGCCUUAGUACGGUGAUACAGAAUCCUUUACACAUAAGGUAGGAUUUGUUGCACACAAGCUUAAGCAGUUCAGGAAAGUACCCUCAGCUUUCUACUUUACCCAAAUGCUAUUUUUUCAUCUAGCCACUUUCUCCACUGUCAGUACCCUUCUGAGACAUCGCUGUAGAAAUACCUAGUGAUGGCGUCCCUCUGUCAGCAGUUUUCCCACUUUUGCCAAGAUCUGCAUUUUAACUCACCUCAAAUCUCCAUGUUAGUUUUGUCUUAGUUUUGAGAGUGUUGAGUUAAAAAAGCGGGGCAAGGCUCUAGCGCUGAGCUGUGUUUCCAGCCCACAAAGAGACAGUCCUUGGAAAGGAUUUCCAUUGUCACAGUUCAAACGUUACAGCAGCAUUCUAUUAACUUAGUGGUCCUCAUCCGUUCAGUGGCCACUGCUCACCAGGAUUCUCCCAUGCCAAAGGCCCCAGACACAGCUGAAAGCCUUAGUAGUAUCAAACUGUUUGACAAGCUACCACGCACCGGUAAAUAGUAAAGCCUUUAUUUUCUUGUUAAGAACAGCAUUUUGAAAAUAAAACCUAUCUGCCCAUGCUUUAACAACCUUUUAAAUCUGUGAUAUUUAUAUACAGCCCUGUACAUACUGAUUGUCUUGAAGUUUCUCAAAUUGUUUAUAAGUAUGCAAGUCAGCCAGGAUGAGGGUAAGAGUGGGGUACAUUAUAAAAUACACAUUAAUACAUUUAAUAAAUAUAUAUUAUCUAUCAAAAGUGAGCCGGAGCUCUUUAUGAAUAAAAAGCACCUGCCAAGGGCUCUCAUCAUCUCACAUGGUUGCUACAUCCUUGGAUGUGUAAAUGCCAGUGCCCUCUCCUACUUUGUGAUUUGGCAAACCCAAAAGACAACCCCUCCCACCCUGUCUGCACUUGGUCACUGGCCUUGACCUCAUCUGUGUGUGUGGGGGGGGUGGACAACAAUCACGUAACUCUGGAAACAA